GGGGGCGUGGCCCUCGGGGACGUCAGCAGUGGCUCUCUGUAGGCCUGGGAGGAGACUCCAGUGAGUAGGCCUCAGCCUCGGUCUGUAGUAAUUCCUCCUGCCGCCCCGGUGCCCCCUGUUAGCGGUACGGUGAGAGGGGGGAUGGAGCGGUUCCCGGAGGAUUUGGUGAACGCUCUGAAGGAAGUGGUGGAGAACAGCGGCUGGCGGUGUGUGGGGGAGAAGGAGAAGUUCCGGGCUCCGUGUACCAAAUUAUAUUGCGAGGACGGGGAGCAUCUGGUUCUAAUUCAGGCGGAUGGGAAAUUCUACGCCAUGGAUUCUGCGUGUCCACACGAAGGAGGACCGUUGGAGCAGGGGGACAUCGAAGAACUGUGUAAUGGUCGCUUAGCAGUGACCUGCCCCUGGCAUUAUUUUGAGUUCUGCUUGGAUGAUGGAUCCUCCUCUUCUGGAUUACAGAAUCAAGUAUAUGAGGUGAAGGUCUGUGAAGGGAAGGUAUACAUCAAGACUCCAAAUGCAUUGUCCCUUACUCCUUGGAAGAACGGGAAAUGUGAACAAUCAGGUAGUACGGAAUCUGGAGAAAGUGCUAAAGGGGUAGAAGACGAAUGUUCCCUGACUUAUUGGGCUUGUAGAAUCCUUUGUACUGCAGAUCCGGAAGAGAAGGCAAAGCUCACUCAGCAAGCACAGGAAUUAUGGAACUCCGGGAAGAUUGCAGACAUCGGUCACACACAACCACCAGCCCAACCAAAGAGGAAAGAGAACCUCACCAUAGUACAACCUGGCAGGAUCAAGAGAGGAAAAGGAGGAACAUUGGCCAGUAGGAUUGCAUUGCUGCACUCUCUAGCAAACAUCGAACAGUGGGCCAUAGACCUGUCCUGGGACAUUAUCGCACGUUUUUCUCACUUCCAACUGCAAUCUGGAGAGAAACUUCCAAGAGAAUUCUUCUCAGACUUUGUAAAGGUGGCCGGAGAUGAAGCAAAGCAUUACUGCCUUCUACAGAAGCGCCUUACAGAGCUGGGCAGUACAUUUGGUGAUCUUCCUGUCCACAAUGGAUUGUGGCAAUCUGCUUCAGACACUGCUCAUGACCUCCUUGGACGUCUGGCUAUUGUCCAUAUGGUCCAUGAAGCCAGAGGAUUGGACGUCCACCCGCAGACAUUACAGCGAUUCUCGGCUCAGGGGGAUGAAAGCUCGGCCCAGGUACUGGAAGUCAUUUACACUGAUGAGAUCACUCACGUGGCAGCUGGCCUGAAGUGGUUCACUUACAUCUGUGCCAAAGAGCAGCGGGACUGCUUAUCCACAUUCCAUGAACUGGUACCACUUUACUUCAGAGGUUACCUGAAACCUCCCUUCAACACGGAGGGCAGGAAAUCAGCGGGGAUGUCAGAGGAGUGGUAUCUUCCUUUGGUGAAACCAUCCAGAGAGGAGUCCACUAUUCUCAGACAAUCUCCUACGCUUUAAGCAUCACAUUGUAAUAGAUAUUUCCCGGGCUGAAUUCCAGGAUACGUGUUCUAUUCUGCCGCUGAGCCAAAUCUAUGGUGAUGUGAGCAUGCAGGCAGGAGGAAAUAAUUCACGCUUCAGUCUCCAUCAUCGUCUCCAACAGAAAAGGAAAGACUUUAUUCAAGUUACAGCUUUUAUAGUCCAAGUGACAUAAGGAAACAUUAUCACAUAUGGGUGCAUCCGAUUGGCUCAUUCAUAUAUGGUGUUCUUUUGUUACAUCUGUUUCUUCACCACGAGGCAAGCAUUCCAGGACAUGGGGGGCAUUUUCUCUUUGGUCGAUGGAAGGGGCAGAAAGGAGGGGGUUGAAAGACAUCCGUUUCUCCUCUUCACCCCGGGAGGAUUAACUUUAUCUUGACUUUCAUUCAAGGAAAAAUAAUACUAAAUGUAAUACUGAAAUACGCACAUACAUAUAUAUAUAUAUAUAUAUAUAUAUAUACACACACACACACCGCAACAAGAAAGAUAUUAAUAAUAAAGAACAACAAUAUUUGAGGGGUUAGAAGAGAGAGAACAUAAACACAAAAUAAUAAUUUCUCUUUCGUUCAUAGACGGACACAGCCUUCAUUGACCUUAGGGUUAUGCUU